UUCUUUUCAUUCAUUCCCACUAUCUUUCUUUUCAUAUAUCCUUCUUCAAACAAAACAAAAACAUAUAUAUUAAAGAUGAUGUACGAGGUGGAACAGCAACGGUUUGAGCAACCUUUGGCAAAGAUUGAGACGAGGAAGAAGACGGAAAGAAGUAAAGGCACAGGCAUAGAGGAAGAGAGGCUUGAAAUUGUCGACUUGAGUUCCAUGUCCUUAGACUCCCUUCCCAACCCUUCUCUCAAUUUAGCCACCAUUUGCAAGUUGGACCUCUCCAAUAACAAUCUUCAGAAUAUACCGGAGUCCUUAACGGCGAGACUUCUGAACAUGGUGGUGUUGGAUGUGCACUCCAACCAGCUUAGGUCACUUCCGAAUUCUAUUGGCUGUCUCUCUAAGCUCAAGAUUUUGAAUGUCUCUGGCAACCUCAUCGAAUAUCUUCCCAAAUCAAUUGAAAAUUGCAGAAGCUUGGAAGAACUGAACGCGAACUUCAACAAGUUGAGCCAGCUCCCAGAGUCAAUAGGGUUCGAGCUGAUAAACCUGAAGAAGCUAUCAGUGAACUGCAACAAGCUGGUGUUCCUUCCUCGGUCCACCUCUCACCUAACCGCUCUGAAGGUCCUGGAUGCGCGCCUCAACUGCUUGAGGUCUCUGCCAGAAGACCUAGAGAAUCUCAUAAACCUGGAAGCCCUAAACGUCAGCCAGAACUUCCAGUACCUGGUGGCCCUACCCUACUCCAUUGGCCUCCUCCUCUCCCUGGUCGAACUCGACGUCAGCUACAACAAGAUCACAUCCCUCCCGGACUCCAUUGGCUGCCUCAAGAAGCUCCAGAAGCUCAGCCUCGAAGGCAACCCCCUCGCUUCGCCACCACCGGAUGUCGUCGAGCAGGGGUUGCAUGCGGUGAAGGAGUACCUCGUCCAGAAGAUGAACUCCGGCCACCAGAGCCCCACCAAGAAGAAGUCCUGGGUGGGGAGGUUGGUCAAGUAUGGCACCUUCAAUGGACAAUCCAGAAGUGUGCCCCGCGAGGACCGUGAGGCUUUCAUUGUUCCUGAUUAUAGGCCCAUUGAUGGCCUCACUUCGCCACGCUACAUGGGCAUGUUUUCUCCUCGCCGCCUCUUCUCGCCGCGUAACUACUUCAGCACUUGAGGCUCUAUAUCAGAGUAGCUAGCUUUACUGCUCAGGUGUUGGACUUUUUUAGAGUGCAUAAAGGGAGUGGUGGUGGGCUCCACAGACUUCAUGGAUCCACUGGCUUUGUUUCAUUGUAAGAGUGUCUGUGUAAGUAAUACACAUACAUAUAUGUUCUUAGCUAUAUCCUGGCUCUGGUAUGUAAAUAAACUUCAUGCUUCUGUGGCCACUGUGUUGGUGUGUUUGGUUUACUGGCACUACACUUUCUAAUGAGAAGUUAUUAUUGCAUGAUUCAGGAUUACAUGCUCUCCCCAGCCAUUCUCCAUGCAACAUAUUGUGUGGAGUGGAGAUUAAUCAGGACCACAUGAACUCGGACCAUGUAAUAAUUUGUCCUUUUUAAUACAUCUGAAUGAAAAGCUUAUCUCACCUUGGGUUGACUUUUAACUUCAGUAGUCCAGUUUCAACUCUCUAAAUGGGUUUCCAAACAUACUUUAUCAUAUAUAUGUGCCUGCAGCGUUUACCAAUAGCAAAGCAAACAGAACAUUUACGACUAUAUAUAUAUAUAUUCGAUUCUAUCUCAACGAGAAUUUUCACACAUGUAUUUAAGGGGAUGAUCUCAGGACUAUUCAGUUAUUUCCAAGAGUUUUCCUGCUAAUCACAAGAUGAGAUGGGCUGAUAGGUAACUAUAAAGAUAUUUUGAUAUUUUAGUAUUGGAGUCAAAUGAAGAAGAUUAGCAAAAAGAUGAGCAUUCAGAACUUGUAAGUACAUCCGUUGGGAGACCAAGAAUGUAAUGGAAGUAUGAAGCUGCUGUAAUUCUGCUUAAGAAACCAGCAGUACAAUUACAAUUUUACUAGGAUUUAUAAUUCUUGGAUUCUCAGCCAGAAAACUUAUCGAUCGGAUCUAAUCAAGAAAAUGUUAACAAAUAUUAAACAACUAAUACGAGUUUAUAAAUUAAUCUUUCACUGUUAACUUUAAGAUAUUAUAAAUCAUGUUUAUAAAAAAAAAAAAAAAAA